CCAGACACCCCCUUAUCCCCCUUAAAAAUUAACAACGCAAACCAAAGUAAAGGGCAAACCAAAGUCAGGAGAGGAGGCUGUGCUCCCUGCAGGGCACCGAGCCAGUGGCUGCCCAGAGCUCUGCCCUCUGGGCUGCCAAAUCAAGGACUUGGGGCUUUCCUGUCACCCAUGUGCACCCUCUGGUUCCAGUUUCUUUUCCAAAGACAUGUGCCGCUGCUGGGGAAGAUGGGCACAGUGAGCACGGAGUUGUAUGGUAUCCCCGAGGGGCUCCCUGGCGCAAGAGAGAACGUGCUGUGGGAGGCAUCUCUGCUCCCUGAGAUUGUUCAUGACGCUAUUUUUUUUUUUCCCUCUAACUACAUACCUCAGAGCAAAGAGAAUUCCAGUCUGAGGAAAAGGUUGAAUUGGCAAUGUCUUUCUCAGCCAUGUGCCUUCAUUUUUCUUCAUGAAUCCACUCUGGACCAUAUUACUGGGGUGACAGUAUUGACCCCAGGUGUGCCUUAGGUCCAGCCACACAAUCCACAAAUCCACAAUCUUUGUAACAUGUGAUUUUGUAGCCUUUUGGCUGUAAUCUAUUUUCUCAAGAGAUGGCCAGUAUCCAAAUACCACCCUCUUCCCACAUCUCCCAUCAGGAAGUGCUGCAAGCUCAGAAAAACCCUUAAUUGGUCAAGGGACCAGGAGCUGACACUCAUCAGCCUGCCCUGUUUUAUCUGCAUUGCAAAUCUGCUCCUGUAAAGGAUUAUUGUCCUGAGAGCCCUCUCAAGUUUUUUAACUGGGCACCAGCCAUUUCAUUUAGACUUAAAAUAAAAGAGCAGAAGGCACUCAGACUUCCUUAUGGAUCCAACCAUGAAAUCUGGCCCCUGAGAAGCCUGUGCUGUAGUUAGGGCUCACCUGAGCUGCCAGAACGAGGCAUCUGGCCCCCCUUAACAGACUGAGGUGCAUGCACGUCUGGCUUGAUGGUGACCACACCAGCAGUUUGGAAGCCAGAAAAGCUAUUUCAUAGCCAGCAGCUGAAAUAGCCUUUACUCUGCUGGUGCUGGGGCUCAGUGUAAGGGACAAAGCAUGACCUGGUGGCUCCCCCACCCUCCCAAUGAUCAGAGUGCUCACGAUUCAGAGGAACUUAGUGAGGCCUGAGGAGUCUCUGCAGUGUUUCAGGGCUGCAGUGUUUCUCUGUGCUGGCUCAAAUUUUACUUGGGAACAGGUUAUCUGUCAAACAUGGGUGGUAGAGAGCUGAAAAUCCAACCAAUCUGCCAGCAGAUGGACCUCAAAUGCACAGAUGCAGCCAAAGACAUGGUGAUCUUGAGGGACUGGGAUUUGCUCUCUGUUUUGUUACACCAACUCCAUAAUCAGUGGGGUUACUGGGUGGAAGGCCAGUGUGGCAGUGUGGGAGUCUGUCCUGCCAGCACUGCUGAGCUGUCUAAAUGCAGCUUUUUUUUGUGCGGAGGACUAAGCCCUGGCUGUUGUAGGGGGUUUUUUUGUUUGUUUUUGGUAUUUGUUGAGGUUGGGGUUUUUUUCAGCUCCAUUAUACAAAUUUAGACUCCUUCCUUCUUUUGAAUUGGAUUUUUUUGUGCAGUAACCGCCCGAUAUUUAUGAGACUCUGCUGUGAGUCUCUGAGCUGUCAGUGGAGGCAGUGUAUGAUGGCAACAGGCCAGCCAUGUCCCGAUUUCAUGGAACACCCUGCUGCCUCUGGUCCCAGUUUCAGCAGUUACUGUGUGAGAUUGUUUAAGCUAUAAUAGAAGAUUGCAUCUCCCUGUGUUUAACUCAGCGCAGGAAAGAAAAAAAUAAAAGAACCAAAUCAGUCUGUUGCACCUGCUGCAUGGGGAGGCUUGUUGCAAACUGUGGUAUUAAAUUUCAGCAUGGCCGGUGCAAAACUGGAGCUGGGACUGGAUCCAGACUAAAGUGUUCAGGACCUGCUUGAUAGGGAAGGAGCAAAUUAUCUGGUGAUCUCCCUUGCAAGGAGACACCUAAGUGAAGUGAGAGCCUGCACUCUGGCUGAGGAAACCGCUGUGAUAGUUGGUGCUUGUCACCUCCCCCUGCUUUACCAUUCACUUUGCAGAGACAAUCGUGGCUUUCUGAUGAGGAUUCUGUCUUUCACAGUCAGCCUCCCUGGGGUUAGAGGAAAAAGGAGAAUUUGUGCAGAUAAGUAGACAUCCCCAUGAUACCCAGACUGGUCUGUGGACUGAAAGUCCUGUCAAAGCUGUUCCUGGUGUCUGAUGCAGCAGAGUAUGUUGACAGAGCAGCAGAGGCAGGUCUUGUGCUGACAGAGCAAGGAAACUCUGACACUGUGCCUCUCUUCUCAUAUGGUUUACGUGCAAAGUACUCACCUUCUGGCUAAAAGGGGAUUUGAAAAUGUUGGCUACAACAUGCAGGGGAUAAUAAAGCUGUUGGUGAGCUUGCACCAGAUACAAUUCUUUCAGUGGUUUGACACAAUCAGCAUUUGAAACACAUCAGCUGGCAGUGAUGUCUGUCUUGCAUCACUCCUGAUUUUGUAAAAUAAUUGUUUUUUUACAAUAAAAAGAGAAUGUUGGGAUGAUAGAUUUCUUGGAGCUCCAUUAAUUGAUGUAAGGAGUUAAUAACCAGAAGUGCACGGGGGGAUGGUAUGUGGGACAACGGAUCUGAGACGGCAACGCUUCUCAUCCGGUAUCCUGAUGUGGGAAGCACACAAAUUCUCAAAAUUUUCCAUCCUGGCUGGGAUGUUUUAAGAGGAAACUUAGAGGAAACGUCAGACAUCCUUAGGCGGAGGACCCGGUGGGGGCGGGCAACGUCGAGAGCCCGCCCCGUGGAGCGGCUGUAAACAGCGGAGCGGUGCGGGCGAUCGCAUCCUGGUGAGAGAGCACGGAGCCUUCUGGAAUCUGAGCGCUCAGGAGUGGCGAAACAGAGUGUGUUUGCUGACAGGAGACGGGGAAAGAAGGAUCUGUGGAAAGGUAUCUGAAUUCCCUCAUGAGAAGUGUCCUCCCUGCCUCUCAUGUGCAGCCCUACCUGUUCGUGGGUGGUACCAGCUUCACUGAUGCCCUGAAGAGUAUUCCUCACCAUGGAUAGUCCUCCCAAACUGACUGGUGAGACGCUGAUUGUCCAUCACAUUCCCCUGGUGCAUUGCCAGGUCCCCGAUAGACAGUGCUGCUCCGUGAGCAAAAGGACCAACCCCUUCUGCCAGCCAGAGCUCAGCAUUACUCGGACCUCUGCCCUUCCAGACAGAGACCUCUCACAGACUGACUCCUUGGUGUACAGCAGCUUUCUCCAGACCUCUGAAACCUCAGCAGAGGCCUCAGACAAAAAAGAAAGAAAAGCGAGGGAUCUGAUUGUCCCUAGUGUCAGUAAGAGACACAACCCUUUCCUGCUGAGUGAGGGUGAAGACCUCACCAUUUUUGGGGAUGACUUGGGUCAAAAAUCUUUCCACCUUCACAACUCACUCGUCGAUGGCAAACCUCCCUUCAGUCUGCAGGAUCUGGCCUUGCCCCCUUUCCACCUCCACGACUCCAACCACAUUGUGAAAUCCUGGAAUAUGGCCAGCCGGUCUGGUGUGGUGGAUGGGCAAGAGGACAAACUCAGCAGUGACAACAUCCAGAAGAGGAACAACGCAAACAGGUGCCACCAGGCCUCAGAACGCAUGGAGCUGGAUGAAUGCAGCUGCCAUCGUGGCAGCUCCUCCAACUUCUCCUUUGACAGUGGUGACCAGGAGUGGAACCAGAACACAGGUGAAUCACUGCGGAAUCAGGACGCCCUGCACAGGACAUGCAGUUGUUCCAGCUCGGAGAUCCAGCACUGUCGCUGCUACAGUUCAUCAAGUCAGUCUGAAGUGAUUGACCAACAGAUGGGCUACAUCAGUGACUCUUCUUGCAACAGCUCUGAUGGGGUCCUGGUGAACUUCAGUGCUCUCUACAACAAAAUGAAUGGCCAAUCUCAAUCCAACCUCAAUUCAGCUAACCUGUCCUGUGACUCUUCCUUCUGCAGCCACUCAGACACAGGAGCUUUUUACCUGGAUUUACAUUCAUCACCCACUGAAUCCAAGAUGUCUUGUGAGUCGCAUAACCCAGAGAGUUCGGGGAAGGUGUGUGGGUGUCAACACUCCUCCUCACCCGUCCUCGAUGCUAACUGCAACUCCUACCACCUCCACUGUGAGCCUUGCACGUCAGAGAGCUCAGACCUCACUGCUUGCUUCCAGAGCCAAGCACGGCUUGUUGUGGCUACUCAGAAUUACUAUAAGUUAGUCACGUGUGACUUGUCUUCCCAGUCAUCCCCCAGCCCUGCGGGAUCUUCCAUAACUAGCUGCUCAGAAGACCAGACCAAGGGUAGCCCAGCCCAGCCCACAGAAUACUAUCUCUUUAGAAGGCCUGACCUGAGACAAGAGGAAGGCAACGUAGAGUGCAGUGAAGAGGAGCCAAAGGGAGAUUCCAGCCAGAACAUGAUUGAGGGUCAGGUCUAUGUUAAUGUGUCACCACCGAACCUCAACACAAGCCGGCAGCGCUCCAGGAGCUAUGAUCAGAACCUGGACAGGAGUCCUGGCAGCAGGCUGGGCUCCUUGGAGCGCAUGGUGAGCUGUCCAGUCAAGCUGAGUGAAAGUCCAGCAAUACCCAUCCAGAGCUCUCCCCCCAAGAGGGUGACAUCGUUCGCUGAACUGGCUAAAGGACGGAAAAAGAACAGCACCUCCCCACCGCUCCGCUCUAGUGGUGAUUCUUCCCUGGAGUUCUCUCCAAUCCCUGAGACUCAGCGGGAUUGCCCAACCUUCCUUGAAGAAAGAGCUCGGCGCAGCCAAAGUCUUCCACCCAUGCCCUUCAUCCACGGCCUGAACCGGAGCUGCGAGGGCUUCUGUUUGAAUCCUGCUUUUGGGGACAGCCAGGCUUUGUGUUCCACCAAAGACUCGCUCUCCAGUGAGAAGGUCCCCAGUGGGCAUGGGGCAGGUGAGCAAGCCCCUCUCUCCCUGCUGACGGAGGCAGAUGCCAGCUUCUCGGGUGGCUCUGCCAGUGGCCACGGACAAAAAGAUGUUAGAGCCCGAGCAGACGGUGGUGGCACAGACAGCAAGCCUGUAGUACGCUACAGCAAGGACCAGCGUCCCACAACGCUGCCCAUCCAGCCCUUUGUUUUUCAGCACCAUUUCAGCAAGCCACCCAAGGCACGUGCCCUGCACAGCCAUUUUGCCUCCAGCCUUUCCCAGCUCUACAGCUUGUCCAGCAACCGGUCUGCCAGCCAGCAGAUCUCCAGUUCCCAGUCCUCGGCCUUGGCCACCUCGGCAGAGCGGGCGGCGGUGGCGGGGAGCCAAGCCCAUGGCAUGCUCGUGACCCAGCGCUCAGCAGACGGAGCUGCCUCGCGCAGUGAUGGGGGCAUCAAGAAGCCUGGCCCCGAAACAACCCGUCCGUCCCCUCUGGGCAGUUACUCCCCCGUGCGGUGCAACAUGCCUUUCUUCCAAAGCGUGGACUCCUCUUCCUCGCCCACCGCAGAGAGAGCUGAAGACAGCCAGCCCCCCAGAAGCAGGUCUUGCCCCAUCUCUGCCAACCUGCUUCCCACGAGGUCAUCCCCUGCUGUCAGUGCCAUGCAGCCCUCCAAAGCCACCAAAGCUGACACCCUGAGGCAAAAGGAGAACCCCAAGCUGAUUCUCAAGAAGGAGGUCCCGCUGGAGCCAAGCCCACCACUCUCCGAGUACCGACUCCACAGUGGGUCCCUCCCGCCCCUCUCGGUGGGUGGCCUGUCCAUGAGCAGAGUAGGAGGCCAUGCAGAUUCCCACUGGAGAAGUGGCAGUGAAGCCAGCAGCUCUGGUCCCCUGAGCAGCAUGGGAAUACGGCCUGUCAAUGCGAACCACCUCUCCCCCCAAGCGCUGAAGUGGCGGGAGUACAGGCGGAGGAACCCCUUGGGUCUGGACCGCGUUUCGGGGCUGCCCAGCUUAGCAGGCAGCCUGGACAGGAGGCAGCAAGAGCCUCGGCUGAACCGGGGCAACCCCAUCUUUGAGCUGCCUGGCGCUCUCAGCACCAGCCAUUUCCACUGCAAGCUGAACGGACAGUCUAUGAGGCAACUCCAGCUUACCUACAAUGACUUUUUCCCUGACUACUUCUCGCUAGCAGAGAAACCUCCUGCUGAGUUCUGCCUCUCCCCAGAUGGCAACACAGAGUCCAUCUCCAUCGACUUGCUGCAGAAGAAGGGUCUGGUGAAGGCUAUCAACACUGCUGUUGACCUGAUUGUGGCUCACUUUGGAACCAGCAGGGAUCCAGGGGUGAAGGCCAAACUUGGGAACAGCUCUGUGAGCCCUAAUGUGGGGCAUCUCAUCCUGAAAUACCUGUGCCCAGCUGUCCGGGACAUUCUGAGUGAUGGGCUCAAGGCUUACGUCCUGGACAUGAUCAUCGGCCAGAGGAGGAACAUCCCCUGGAGCGUGGUGGAGGCAUCCACCCAGCUAGGCCCCUCCACAAAGUUGCUGCACAGCCUCUACAGUAAGAUCAGCCAGUACACAGAGCUCACCAACCACACCAUGAGGUUCAACGCGUUCAUCUUCGGCCUCCUCAACAUCCGGUCCCUGGAGUUCUGGUUCAACCACCUCUACAACCAUGAAGACAUCAUCCUGGCACACUACCAGCCAGUGGGCUUCUUGUGCCUGUCUCACAGCGUGUGCCAGCCUCUUUUCGAGGAACUCCUGCUCCUGCUUCAGCCUCUCUCCCUGCUGCCUUUCAACCUGAACCUCCUCUUUGAGCACCACCUAAUGCAGAUGGGCAAAGAGCAGCAGCAGCAAAAGGAGCUGCUGCGUGUGAAGCAGGACCUGCUGCUUUCCGUGCACUCCACCCUGCAGCUGAUGCGGACCCGGGGCAGCAGCGAGGAUCCCGACGGCUGCAGCACUGCUCCUGAAACGUGCCAAGGGGGUGCCAGAGAUGGUGACAUCUCACCAGGGCACAGCCCACAGCAAGCUGUGAGUGAGAAGAGGAUCAAGGGAGUGGGGGCCUCCUGCGGAGAAGGUGACAAGCAGGAAGAGCAGAGUAAGAUGCAAGAGAGCACAUGGGAGGGGAAGAAGGACAAGCAGGCAGGCUGGUGGUACCAGCUCAUGCAGACCUCUCAGAUUUACAUUGAGGGCUCAGCCGAAGGCUCGAAGUUCAUCCGCUCUGAGAAGAAGAAGGCGGAUUUGAACCCUGCGCCCAGGUCAGUGGAGACCCACAAGGCACCGCCUCCCCGAGAAGGGGUGGUGGAGGGUGCAGAGGCUUGUCCCAUUGCAGAGGGCAACGUGGAGGAGAUGCCCAAGGCAGCCAGCAAGCCAAGUCCUGAAGCUGUGGAAGAGCCCUUGGAAAAGCCCCAGCAGGUAGUGGUCGGCGAAGAGGUGAAAGAACGGAGCUGGCCCUUCUGGAUGGGCAGCCCCCCAGACUCUGUGCUUACCGAGCUGAAGCGCAGCAAGGAGAAGGAAACUCAGCAAAGAGUGGGAGCAGCAGCAGCAGCAGCCCCCCAAGAGGACAGCAGCACCAGUGCAUCAGAGGGCAGCCAGCCCAUCAAGUGGGGACACUUGUUUGGGUCCAGGAAGGUACAAAAAGAGCCCAGGCAACCAAACAGGCUGCCCUCUGGCUGGCUGAGCUUGGACAAGUCCGUGUUCCAGCUGGUGGCCCAGACAGUUGGGGCUAGCAUGUGGCGUGAAGCAGCCCCAGAGCCAGACCCUCCCCAUCCAGAACCAUCUGAGGCACCCGCUGUGGCACAACCAGCCCGGGGGAUGUCUCCUCACCCUACCUGUGAGGUGAAAGCUCUUUGCCAUCACAUUGCCACUGAGGCAGGACAACUGAGCUUCAACAAAGGGGAUAUUCUGCAGGUCAUCUCCAAGGUGGAUGGUGACUGGCUGCAGUGCAGCCUUGGCUCUGAGAAGGGACUGGUGCCCAUCAUGUACGUCACCCACCCCGAGGACGAGGACUAUUGACACGUUUAGGAGGCCAAGCACAGUUCCCUGGGCUGCUGAGGCUCCUCUGGGGUAGCCUACCCUGCCAGAGGAACAAACACAGCUUCUUGCUAGUUUCUUACCUUUCCUGCCAUUACAGAAUACAGUAACCGUAGGUGGUUCCUUCUUGCUCCUCCUUGUGCAGCUGCCAAAGGCCAACUUAGCCCCCCGGGGUCUUCUGCGAGCUGCACCUCGUAUUGCCAGGCAUCGCCAUGCAUGCAGCCACACCAGGGACCGCCUGACCCCCCCUCCGCCCCGCACUGUCUCCAGCACCCACAGGCCAUGGACUUGUACAUUACAGGAACCCAAGCAGUCCCUGCCAGGGCAGCGCUGCCCUGCUGCCCAGCUGUUGGAUGCUGGAGGGGGCAGGAUGCUGGCCGUCCCCUCCCUGAGGGUGGCAGUGCAGUCUGCAGCCUCCAGCAUCCCCAGCAUCCUCAGCCGCAGGGGUGGGAGCACCCUGCGUUGUCGUUGUCCCUGCGAGGCUGGGCUGAGGGGUUGUGUUUGAUGGGGCACUGCAAGGUAGGCUCCCCCAUACUGGAGCAUCCCGGUCCUAGUGUGCUGUAGUGGUUCCUGGUGGGGUGUACUGGGACAAGUGGCCUGGCAGUGCCACACUGCAGGGCUGGGGCUGUGCGUGGCCACAGCCAGGGGAGGGGGACAGGGUAUGUGUGUGCGUGUGGAGCAAAGGGGUGUGUGGGGUUGUGAGGAAGGCACGGGGAUGUUCAGUGUUAUGUAGGUCCAAGAUGGGUAGUGCCACCCUGUGCAGAGAUGGGUGCUUUGGGGGGAGGCCCUGCGCCCUCCACACUGAGCAGGGAACCAGCGCCUGGGAUGCUCAGUGGAGGGGUGCUGGAGGGGAGGGAAUGAGGGCAGGGUCCCUGACUGGGCUAGGGAUUUGGGGGCAGUGCUCCCAGCAAGUAGAUUGAGGGUGCUCCUAGAGGGAGCUGGGGAGCCUGGGGAGGGAGGGGUGGUGCUCCCUUUGGCACAGGGUUUCUGGUCUUGCUGAGCAGUGCUGUGGGGUGGGGGGGAUAAGUGUUGUGCACAAACACAAGGGGAUACUGGAGGUCCUGGGGUCCUUGGUAGAGGCAAUGCCAGUCAACCCCUUCCUUGCCAUGUUCAUGCCGCCUGCUGUAGUGGGGAUCUUCACCUGCCUGUCAGGUGGGGAACAGUGUUAAUGAAAGGCCAUGCCAGUAUUUGGUGCCAUGGCCGGCUUGACGCUGUUCACAGCAUCGUGCCUGGGCUGGCUUCACCAUGGCAAGGGGCCCUGGUCUUGCUAGGUUACCUCCUGCUUGUACAUCGCUUAGCGGAUGUUGCACCAUAUUUAAUUUGUAUUUCCCUGUUAGAAUGAGGUGUCUCGCCUUUAUUUAUUUCUUUAUUUAUGAUGCAUAUUAAUAAAAAAGGUGCUGAUUGA